AUGUCAACUCCGGAAAAUCCCCCGGUUUCGCCCACAAACUCACUGGUAACACAAACGGCGGAGAAAAGGAGAUCGUGGAGAGACAGGAAUCCAGAUGAAGGCCCUGAAAACGAAAGUACGGUAUUUUUAAUCAUUAUCAUUAACGCUACCCUGAAAAGUAAAAUUUGAUUUCAUUUCAGUCCCUGACAACAUGACCGAGACAUCGUCGGUUGUUUCCUUUAAAUCUGCCCAUUCUAAAUUGCUAUCCACUGCAAAAUCUAUGGAAAGUAUAUCGUCUAUAGUCGACGACAGAUCCAUGGUUACCGCGGCUUCAGGGUCUAUCGAAUUUGACAACGAUGACGACAGGUGUAUAACUCCAACAGAGGUUUCUGAUUUUGUAAGUUAAUAAACACGAGACUUUCAAUUCCCAGGAUUUACAUCAGCUAAAUUCGGAAAAUAUGAGACUCCAAGAACAAGUGAACAAGUUGAAAGAAGAACGGAAGAGAUGGACCCUUAAAAGGCCUCAUAAAGCAGAUUUGCAUCAAGAUGAAACCCUUGUCCAGAUACUCGAGGACCGAUUAAAUGAAGCAGAAAGUCUUAUUCAAGACUACAGAGAUGAAAACACAAGCCUUAAAUGUGAACUCAGAGAGAUUAAUGAAGGCAUAAAAAGCAGAGAAUUGGAUGGAAAACUGAAGUCUGCGGAAGAGUUAUGUGACGAAUUGAUGGUAGAAAACGAGCAACUAAAGAACGAAGUUCGGGAUCUUCAACAAGAAGUCGAGGAAAUGCAAGAUCAAUACCGAGAAGAAGAGAUUGAGGAGUUUCGGGAACUUCAGAGAGAACUUGAACAGAAUGCCAAAAAUUGUAGAGUUCUACAAUUCAAAUUGAAAAAGGCAGAGCGAUCAAGAGAACAACUCAAAACAGAGAAUGAGGUUUUAGCCAUGAAAUUACGAGAACAAAGCAAACCAACAAACCUGGUUGAAGGAAAUGAGAAUGACAGUGAUGAUAACUCGGUGAUCUCGGAUUCAACUGUUCAUAGUCAAUCCGUAAAAGUUAGAGAACUAGAAUCUGAGUUGAGAAUUGCUAAGGAAGUCAGCUUCCGUCUUCAUAAAGAAUUAGAAACGGCAGAAGAAAAAAGGUAGGCAUAUUUUUAUUAGGAAAUUAAAAAUCGGACGCACUUUAUGAAGUCGUUUGUAACUCAUUCAUUAACUUAAUCAUGUUUGGAGUGUUAUUCUUUAUUUUCCCAACUACAAAAACAAAACAAGUACUUUAACAAAGGAAUACUUUAACAAACUCGAUAUUUCGCAGUCAGAUUUGGAUUUUUUCCCUUUCAUCUUCCGAUUCCGGCAACUGGUCAACUAGUUAUCGAACUCAAAACCAAGUUUUGAACGGCAAAAUACAAAUGGUGACAAAAUGUCAACAUUUAUUGUUUUUACGGUAAAAUUCUAUUAUUUUUUUUUACACUUUUUGAAUGCAAAAGUACUUCGAUUAUGUAGACGUGGAAUCGGAUAUAUCAGUCUGUCGGGAAAAUAACGGCGGUCAAAGCAAAAUUUUUCGCCUCGUCGAAAAAAGGGUGCCGUCGCGCACCAAAUCUCCUGCUUCGGCAGCCGUCGCAAAGCGAUGUAAUAUCCCAAACUUUCACAUUAAAUUUUCUGUUAAACAUUGAGUUAGACACAAAAAUAUCCUCAUUUGCGGACAGCGAAAAAUAGUCCCUUUAAAAUUUAUAUCGUCUUCUUUAGAUAUAAGUUGGAAGAUGACGUGUUCUACUACAAGGAAAAGCUCAGGGAAUUGCAAACACAAAGCAAAUGGAGAGACAGCAGGAACAGAACGGAAGUUUCCAAUGUAAGUAUGACACUUGAACAUGUAUAAUGUCACUUUAGCAAAGACGACAGUCAAUUGAAGUUCCAGAAGAUCUGUCCAAUGAUGAUUUAAGGACAUUAAUAGAAAGGGAGGGAGACUUGAGAGAUCAACUCAGAUUCGCAGAAGAAGAUCUUAAAAGAACACGAGCACAAAUGCAAGAAUUAGAAAAUGAAAAUGAGGAGUUGAUGCAGAAAUUGGCCCGUUUCAACGAUGUCUCCAAUACCAGAAGCUCGUUGAACAAAAAACCCAUCAUCACCAGAAGUGCCAGGUAAGUACAUGCCAUGUAAAAUAUUUCGCGCAGCGAAAAAUACCUUGUUUCCCCAGGCCUGGGGGCGGAAAGAACACGCACUGAAUUUAAGAUUAGCUUAACAGCACGUAGUUUGUCUCAUACAAAGUGUGAAUCUAACAGUUCUUGCCUCGGCACUUUCCAAUAUUUCUGCUUUAGCGAAGGUCAUGACGACAAGCCGAUGCAACCUGCUGACUUAGAGACGCUAAGUGAACGUUGCAACGUUCUAGAACGCAAGAAUAAUUCUCUAACUAAAAAGUGAGACAUAUUCUCCUGUCAAAAGGGCCUCAUUAUUUUUUUAAUGCAACAGAUUUAAUUAUUUCAGAAUGCUUGAACUCGAGAUUGACACUGUUAAGAAAUUGCAAAAUUUGGAAUCAGAUUCGACUAACGUAAGCUACCGUAACCAUUCAAAAAUUUUUAGGGGAAACUUAAUGCGGAAGUCGAAAAAGAUAUGACACGAUUAAUAGGAAAGAUCCAAGAGUUGGAGAAACAAAACAACGAGCUGCAGCUUCAAAUCAGAAGACCAAUCACAAACGAUCACAGCUCUUCUCGAGAUAAAGGUAACAGUCAACAACAGUAAUCACAUAAUUUUCAGCAAUGUCGGUCGAACUGAGGCAAGAACGACAGCAGAGAAAAGAGCUCGAAUCUGAAUUGACUGAAUAUAAACAGUUAAUUGCAAAGUCUGACAACGCAAAAUUGAUCGCCAUGGCUACCAAAGUUGAACUGUUAACAAAUCAACUCAAUAUGGCGUUAGAAAGAGCGAAUGCCGCGCACAAGAAAUUCGCAAAGGACAGUGGAGUUGAGGAAAGUUACGCCGACCAACUGAAGAAACAAAUAGAACAUCUGGAGAAACAAAACAGCGAGUUGUUAGCUAAGGAGACAUUCAAAGUUGUUACUAAAUCCGACAUGGAUUCCCCCACCAUGCCCACAGCUGAUGAAGUAAUAUUUUGGAUAACACCUUUUGCAUUUGCAUUUUAGAUAGAACACUGUUGUGUCGUGCUAGCAUCAGUUGAGGCCCAAACAACCCGCAUUUGCAAGCAACUUGAUAGACUUGACAAUUCACAAAAAGUAAGGAAACGUAAUCAAAUAUUUUUGUUUCUAGGAAGAGCGUCGCCGGUCAUUGUCCAGAGAAAGCGCCGCAGGCAUUUCCGUCGACCUGGCAAGUGUGAUGGCUGAACUUAAGGUCAUCCGCCAAGUCUUGAAAACUCAUAAACAGGCCGGCACUGAUGUGAAUAAAGACGCAGACAACGAAAACGGGUCAGCGGCAGAAUCUGCAGAGUGCGCUUUUUGUUCCGAAAGGGAUCAGCAGAUAGAAAAAUUAAAAGAAGAGAUCGGAUUCUAUAAGAAGAAAAACAAAGAGCUCACAAACCAAGUCCUCCAAACGGAGGAUAGAUGGACUGUUGAAAUUGAAAAGCAGACAUAUAAUUAUAAAACGGAGGUAAUUAGUAGUGCAAUUAUAAUUGCUUUGUAGAUUCGACAUUUGGAAAGUGAUUUGGAUGACUUAAGAAGUCGGCUAAAAGAGCAAGAAGAAGUCGCAAAUGCUCGGAUGGUGACUUUAGUAGAGAAGCAGAAGACGAUCGAAGAACAAACAGCCAGAACAAAUCGCUUGGAGCAUGAAAUAAAUGAACGACAAAAGAUAAUUCAGGUAAGCUGAAACAGUCAAAUGAAAACGGUUUUAGGAUUAUGAAAAGGAACAGAAGGCGUUGAAGGAAUUCGAAAUAAAGUACCGUAAGAUCGAGGAUAUGUAUCAGAAGGAAAAGGAGAGAUACAACAGUGAUCGCUGCAAAAUUAAGUCAGAAAUGUCAUUAGCAAAGAAAAAGUCCGAAGAAGCUUCACUAGAAUUGGGUAAGACUGAUUUCCUUUACAAGCUAGACAUGUUUAUAGAAAAGGUAAAGCAAGAAAUGGGAAGGAAAGAAAGUGUUUGGCUCGAUGAGAAAAAAUAUUUACAAAACGAAAUCAAUCAGUUGAAGAAAGCUGCAAAAAAAGAUGGUGAAGACAAUGAUGAAGAAGAAGAGGAAGAAGAAAUCCACUUCAGCCCACGGCCUGUAAUUAGGACUAUCAACUACAGGGUCACGAAAAUUAACAACGAAAUGGGAGUACCAGAACUGAAGGAGAAACUGGUCAGCCAACAACAAAAGUACAGUGACCUUGAAGGGAAAUUUAACAAACUGCAAUUGGCCAAAGAAUGUCUUGAAAAUGAAUUGAAUAGACUAAAGGACAGUGCGGAACGAGAGCGCAAUGAUUUCCAACACAGAACUCGGCAGAAUGAAAAGAUUAGAUCGUUUGAAAUUGACGCAUUACAACAGAAGUUUACAAGUAGAAUGAACAUAAUGGAAAACACCAACAAGUCAUUGCAUACUCAGGUAAGCCAAGACGAUUACUGAAUGUUAAAACUAUUCCAUACUCCAAAUUUCAGUUAGUACAGCUUCGGAGAGAACGAGAUCGGUUUAGAGAUUCCACGAAUACCAUGGAAAAUAAAUUAUUGGAUGAACAAAGAAAUCUCGACGAAGAACGACGAAAAAACUCUCAGCUGAGUAACAUAAACAACGAUUUGGUAAGUUGGUAAAAAAUCAUAAAGGCCGAUUCUUUAGGAAAAGAAAAUCAAGGCACACGUCGCUGAGAUCGAUCGCCUAAGUCACGAACUUAAGCUCAAGAUCGAUGCCCAUAAGGCUGACUGCACUUUAUGGGAAAUUCAAAAGAAGCAUCUCGAGAAGAAUCAAGGGAAUGUCGACAAUGAGAGUAAGGACGUUAGAAUUACAGAAGACGCUUUGAAUGCGGCUGAAGCAGUGCAGAAACAAUAUGCCGAAUACCAAAAGUUUUAUACAAAGGAAGUAACCAGGCUGAAUAAGAAGAUCAAAGAGAUGGCAGCAUUACUUAACAACAAAGAAGCAGAAUUCUCGAAGAAAGCGAACGAGGUAAGGGUAGUCAAAUAGUAGUCGCGCCAUAAAGUCCUGACACAUUUGUCGCGGGUGUCGCGCGAGAAAAUUGGAACGAGCUCGCUCGAAAGUGCAUGCCUCUAGUGCAAAAACGGGGAAUUAAGCGAAACGAAAACAAAAAUGCACGGUAUGAUCCAGUGGCAAAAAACGUACCAUUUUGAAUCCGGGAAGUAUCAAAAAUGUGGCAAAAUGCUUCCCUCUCCAAGUGAAAAAACUUCGUUUUGAAGGGCGCGCCCUUUUUCCUCACAAAAAGAGCGGGCGCGCUUUUGAAAUCGGAGUUUUUUCACUUGGGGAGGGAGGUAUUUUGCCACAUUUUUUGAUGCUUCCUGGAUGCAAAAUGGUACGUUUUUUGCCACAGGAUCAGAUCUCCCAGUCCCCCACUGUAGUACAACAUAAUACUCCUUUCAGUUGGAUGAACAGAUAAAGAUACUUGAGAUUGACCAAAAGAACCUUAUUCAAGCCAAACAAACGCAACUCAGUGCUACAGAGAUUCUAAGAGCGGACCAAGACAGGCUAAUGCAGAUCGUUCAGCAAUCGGAGAUACAGAAACUAACCAGGAAAUACAAAAUAACGGCAAUAAUUGAUAGAGUAAGAGAACAUAAAAACCAGUGAAAAUUUGUAUUUCCAGCUUCAAACUAUACAAAACCUAACUGAAGAAACGGAGAUUACGCAUAUCAUCAACCAACUCAACACGAUCAAAGAAGAUGACAACACUGCCGCAUUUACAUCCAGUGAUUUAAAUGGUUAUGAGGUGGAUUCUGUACUUUCCUCUGCCAGGACGGUGACCUCAAGUGUCAGUGCCUACAAUACGAACCCCAUGUUUUUACCCAGCCAAAGAUCACUCAGUAUUGAAAGCAGUUCGACCUGGGACAGCAGAUUCCAAGAUUACACCACCCGUUCGGUGUCCCCCGUUAAGAAGAUGGUCAAUUAUCCCGACCCGCCUCCCAAUUUCAUGCUAAGCAAAGACACCAAAGUCGAGUACGACCGGGAUGGAAGAUUGCAUUAUGUGCCAAAAACAAUAUCACGAAGUCUUUUGUAUGAUAACGCCGGUCCUAUUGUAACAAAAAGCACGGGUACUCUAACUGACGAUACCGACGUCGACAACGAUUCAUUAGCAUCACAUAGUAGGAUGGGAAGCGCAGGAACCAAUAUCCUGUACAAGAUACGGAGAGAGGAAUUGGCGAAAGGAACUGCACCGUCCGUACGAACAAUAGCACAGGCAUUUGAAACUCUGGAAAGACCAAAAACAAAGAGAGGCUUUUUCAAUAUCCGGAAGUCGAGAUCGGUUGACACGAAUGAAGAUAAACCAUCUGUGGUAAAAGAAUAACCAUAAACCCAGGAUAAACUUUUGUUUUAGGCUGUCCUCAAACCGACAACUUUAUCUAGGAACACGACGAGUAUGAGUAGAAUUGAGAUGGAUCUCCCGACUCCAGCACUACAGUCAAAACCAUCUUCGAAUAAUCCUGUGUCUCAUUACGGAACACUGACUCGAGGUGGUCGUAAUCCUUUUAAGAACAUGGGUUCGAAAUUAGUAGACCGAGUCCGCCGUUCUUUAUCAAAAUCGGGCAGAACUAGCCGAGAUCAAACUCCCGAAAGGGCGCCAUUGGCGCCAAAUGAGGAUAUAUCACCCAUGGAAGAGACAGCCCCAUCUACAGAGGAGAAGCCACAAAUUAAAGUGAGUAAAUCCACAAACAAAAUAUUGUUUAGACGGUCAAGAAAAUACGAGUUAGAAAAUCAGUUGAUGGAGAAGCUACGAAGAUAACUCGCAAGAAACCGACGCCCGUAUAA